GGGCGGCGCCGAGGAGGGGGGAUGAGGAGGAGGACGACGAGGAUGGCAACGGAGGAGUGGAGACGACGCUCGGGCUCUGGCUGCGGCGGCCAUGGCAGAGAGGUGGAGCGCGGGGAAGAUGCGGCAGCGGCGGGCGGCGCCGAGGAGGUGGCGGCGGCGGGGGCGGGGGAUGAGGAGGUGGCGGCGGCCGCUCGGCGCGGCUUCCCCCCUCCCCCCCUCUCUCUCUGUGUGGCACCGUCGGGAGAGCGGGCACAGCGGGGCCGAUGACAGAGCUCGCGGCGCGUCGGGAGAGCGGGCACAGCCCGAGUUGUCGUCCUCGUCGUCACAGGAGAGAAGAGCAAGCUCUCACCAUCAAUGGCGCCACCGUCAGUGAACUCCGGCGACGCCACCGCCACGGCCGAGAAGAGCAAGCUCUCGCCUCUCCGCCAUGGCCGCCGCAGCCAGCGCCCGAGUCGUCUCCACUCCUCCGUUGCCAUCCUCGUCGUCGUCCUCCUCAUCCCCCGCCGCCGCCGCCUCCGCAUCACCUGCCGCAUCAGCCGUGGUGUGGGCUAGCAACCACCUCCUCGGCAACGGCCACAUCGUGGUGGUGCUCCUCCGGUCGUGGUCGGAGUUCGCGCGCACGGGGACAUUCGCCGGAGGCCUGAACCUUGACCGGUCGGUGCUGAGCCGUCCCCACUCCCCGCCGAGGUACAGCGCCGCCGUCGACGGGAUGUUCGUGCCGUGGGACCACGAGCACGAGGUGAACCCGCUCACUGGGGAGGCGAGCUUCGUCGAGCGGCUCUACUAUGUCGAGGCCGCCGACAUCGCCAGGCUGCGCGAGGAGGCGCGCGCGACGAGCGUGCAGGCGGUGUCGGCGUACCUGUGGAAGAAGCUAGCCGCCGUCGUCAGUUCGUCGGCGAGCAUAGCCAAAUCCGACACCGCGGCGAGGCGCUGCAGCAUGGGGUAUUGGGUGGACCUGCGGUGGCGCGUGAGGUCGCCGGAUUUCUGCCGCGCGCUGCGCAGCUACGUCGGCAACGCGACCACCUACGUGGAGCGGGAGGAGCCCGCGGACGCCGUCCUGAAGAAGCCGCUGGGCGAGGUGGCUGCGAUGGUGCGGGAGGUGGCGGCGAAGCUGCCGGCCGCCCGCUCCGCUUCCGUCUCAGCCGCCCGCUGCCCUCCGCCGCCGGCAGCGCUGCUUGCUCCCGCCCUCGCGGGGCCGCCGCCAUGCUGGUGAGCAGAGAGAGAGAGAGAGGGGGAGGGGGGGGGAGAUUGGGAUAGAGUAGAGAGAGAGAGAGUGGUGGAGAACUGACAGUGGGGCCCACUAAUUUUUUUUAAAAAAAAUGCUGACUCAACUGCCAGUGAAUCCAAAACUACUCCGGAUUGAGUAGGGGGGUUAUUUAUUCGGUUUCAAUAAUUGAGGAUGUAGAAUGCCUGUUUUUCGAAUUUAGGGGGGUAAUUCGUACCUUUUCCUUCUCCAUAUAGCAGUUGGGGUUUCUCAAACAAUCCGCCAUCGCUGAUGGCCUGA